AUGAGGGCCAACGCUGCGUAUAUUCUGGCCCUGGCGACUACCGCUGUCGCACAAAGCAAGGGUUUCAACUACGGUGCCACCAAUGCAGAUGGUUCAUGCCGCGGAUACGAAGACUUCGUGCGCUUCUUCAAUGAGGCAAAGAGCCUACCUGGAGCUUCUGGCUUCAACACAGCGCGUCUCUAUACCUCCGUCCAAUGCGGCACCGCAGCCGACCCUAUCUCUGCCUUCCGCGCAGCCAUCGAUACCGACACACAGAUCCUUGCGGGUCUCUGGGCCAGUGCUGGAAGUGCCGCUUACGAGAAUGAACUCAACGCGUUGAUUCGUGGUGCUAGGGAACUAGGCAGCGCUUUUACGGACAAGAUCAUCGGCAUCAGCGUAGGAUCUGAGGAUUUGUAUCGCAGCAGCGCACAGGGUGUAGCAAGCAACGCCGGUGUUGGUGCAACCGGUACUGAGAUCGAGGGUUACAUCGGUUGGAUGCGCGACUGGAUCCGUGGCACUGCGCUCGAGAGCAAGCCUAUUGGUCAUGUGGACACAUGGACUGCGUGGGUCCUACCUGAGAACCGCGGUGUUGCGAACACUGUCAACUGGCUUGGUCACAACUCGUUCCCGUACUUUGAGACUACGAGGCCCAACUCGAUUGACCAGGCCCGCGAGAACUUCUUUGCGGCUGUUGGACAGACUGAGAGCGUGUCUGGUGGAAAACCUGUGUGGGUCACCGAGACUGGAUGGCCACGAAUUGGUCCCAACUCCGGCUCUGCUGUCGCGUCCCUCGAGAACUCUAAGCGUUACUGGGAUGAGGUUGGCUGCUCGCUCUUCGGCACCCGCAACACCUUCUGGUAUACCUUGAAGGAUGCGAAUGCGGCACAAACCGAUCUAUCUUUCGCUAUCACCCCGAAGGAGAACAACACACCGUUCUUUGACUUGACUUGCUAG